AUGCCAGAUACCAAGGUCUACCUGCUUGAUGGCGGCACGCUGGUGCUGGACGGGUUUCACAUCUGGUGGAACAAGGGACCGGGAGGAGAGGUUCGCUUCCCCGUCUAUUCGGUGCUCGUCGAUCAUCCGCAAGGCAAGUUCCUGAUCGACACCGGCUACGACUACGACCAUGUGCAGAAGGUGCUGCCGUUCGAGAAGCCGCAGCAGACAGAGCAGCAGACCAUUCCCGGCGCGCUCAAACUGCUCGGACUGGAGCCCAAGGACAUCGACGUCCUGUUCAAUUCGCAUUUCCAUUUCGACCAUGUGGGCGGCAACAAGUUUUUCCCGGACGUCAAGAAGAUCUGCCACAAGGAUGAGAUGCCGCAGGCGGCCAACUGCCAGUCCUUCGAAGUGCUCGGCUAUUCCGAUCUGGCUUUCUCCACCGAGGUGGCCGAAGCGCGCGGCAUGACCGAUCAGCUCGAUGCCGGCCAGACAGCCGGCAAUACCAGUUUCGAGUUCGUCGAGGGCGAUGUGGAACUCGCGCCGGGGGUGACGCUGAUUUACACGCCGGGCCACACGGUCGGGCAUUAUUCCCUGCUGGUCGAGUUCGACACGCGCCGUCCGCUGCUGCUGACGCUCGAUGCCGCCUAUACCCGCAAGAACUAUGAAAACGACAUCAAUGCCGGGUUCCACAUCGACCCUGUGGCGGGCGUGGAAUCGAUGCGCCGUCUCAAAAAGAUCGAAGAGGACAAGAACGCCGAGGAGGGGAAUUGCAUGAUGUAUGAUGAGUCAAGGGCGCCAGUCUUCACACUGACGUCCGGGCCCGUGGACGCCUACCCGGAAGUAUUGCGCGCGCUCGGACGGACGGUGCUGUACGACUACGAUCCGGCGUUCCAGGCGUUCUAUGAGAACGUUGCGCUGAAGGCGCAAAAGGCGAUGAGGACCGGCGCUCCGCCGCUGAUACUGCAGGGCGAGCCGGUGAUGGCGCUCGAAGGCGCUGCCGCCUCUCUCAUCGCCAGGGAGGAUGUGGUUCUCAACCUGGCCUCCGGGGUCUACGGCAAGGGUUUUGGCUAUUGGGCGGCACGCUAUGCCAAGAAGGUCGAAGAGAUCGAGGUGCCCUAUGACAGUGCCAUCGAUCCCGAACAGGUGCGUGCCUUCCUCAAGGCGCAUCCGGAGAUCGCGGUUGUCUGCGUCUGUCACCACGACACGCCAUCGGGCACGCUGAACGACAUCGAAGCGAUUGGCGCGAUCGCGGCGGAGGCGGGCGCAUUGCUGCUUGUCGAUGCGGUUUCCUCCUGGGCCGGUAUGCCCACAAGCGCGGCCGCCAGCCAGGCUGCGGUUUAUGUCACCGGACCGAACAAGUGCCUCGGCUGCCCGCCCGCGCUGUCGCUGGUCGCGGUCUCGGACGCUGCCUGGGCCAAGAUCGAGGCAAAUCCCGACGCUCCCUUCGCCUCAAUGCUCAGCUUCACCGACUGGAGGCAUGCGUGGAAGAAGACCGAACCGUUUCCCUUCACGCCAUCGGUGUCGGAGAUCAACGGACUGGACGCGGCCCUCGAUCGCUACCUUGAGGAAGGACCGGAAGCGGUAUGGGCGCGUCAUGCGCUUACCGCCCGGAUCUGCCGUGAAGGGAUCAAGGCCAUGGGCAUCGAGCUUUGGCCGAUACGUGAAGAGAUCGCUUCGCCCACAACCACGGCGGUUCGGAUGCCCGAAGGCAUCGACGCCGGCACGGUGCUGGCGGCAGCGCGUGCGCGCUACGGCGUGUCCAUGUCCGCGGGCCGUUCCGAAACGCUCGGGAAACUGGUGCGGAUCGGCCAUAUGGGGCCCACCGCCCAGCCGGUCUACGCCUUGGUCGCGAUCGCCGCGAUAGGCGGGGCGCUGAAGUCCGCGGGCGCGCAGGUGGACGUGCCGGCGGGACUGGCGGCGGCGCAGGGUAUCGGCAAGGCAAUCGCCAGGGCGCUUGCGGAGGCCGGGGCGAAGGUGGUGAUCUCCGACAUCAAUGGCGAAGGCGCAAAGUCGGCGGCAGCCGAGAUCGGGCAUGGCGCCAAGGGUGUGGCCUGCGAUGUCACCGACGUAGAACAGGUCAACACGAUGUUGGAGGACGCCGCCGAGGAUGGUGCGAUCGACAUCCUCGUCAACAACGCCUCCAUCGUUCCCUUCAUCGCAUGGGACGAUGUGGAUCUCGCCCAUUGGCGGCAGAUCGUGGACACCAACCUGACCAGCGUCUUCAUCGCCAGCCGCAAGGCCACCGACAUGAUGCGCGCGGCCGGGCGCAAGGGCACGGUGCUCAAUAUCGGCUCCAACGCCUUUUAUGCGGGCACGCCCAACAUGUCCGCCUAUGUCGCAGCCAAGGGCGGCGUGGUCGGCUUUACCCGUGCCCUGGCCACUGAACUUGGAAAGGACGGGAUCAGGGUCAACGCGGUGAUGCCGGGUCUGACCGAGUCCGACGGGGUGAAGGCCAGCCCUCAUAAUGAAGCCUUCGGCUUUGUCGAGAUGCUUCAGGCGAUGCCCGGCAAGGGUCAGCCAGAGGAUAUCGCCAAGGUCGUUGCGUUCCUCGUCUCCGACGAUGCCGGCUGGAUGACCGGUCAGUGCGUCAAUGUCGAUGCCGGGAUGGAGCGAACGCUGAGGGCCGCGGCCUACAGCCUCGACCUCGAGCCCUCAUCCGUGAGCCGCCAAAUCAACACACUGGAAACACAGCUCGGCCUGCCCCUUCUCGAACGGAGCCGCAAGGGGGUCGUUCCGACAGAGGCCGGACGGCUUUUGCUGGACCAUCUGCGGCGGCAGCGCGCCGACAAUGAAGCGUUGCUGUCGGACUUUGACGCACUGCGUGGCAUGCAGCGCGGCGAGAUCGUGAUCGCCAUUGGCGACGGCUUUAUCAGCGAUUUCAUGGCCAAUGCGCUUCCCAGUUUUCGGGCCGCACUCCCCGGCAUUUCGUUUCAACUGCUCAGCGGCUCGACCGAGAAAGUUGCGAAGCUCGUGCGCGAGGACGUCGCGCAUUUCGGGUUCGCGUUCAAUCCAGACCGCGAACAGGCCUUGCGUGUGAUCGAGCGCGUGCGCCAGCCAUUGGAAGUGCUGCUCAGCCCCCAGUCGAAACAUGCCGGAUCCGGCGUCGCCAUGUCGAUGUCUCAACUGACCGAGAUUCCCCUCGCGCUUCCCAGGCCCGAUUUUGGCAUCGGAACACUGCUGCGAGAGACUGAGGCCACCUAUGGCGUGCGGCUGUCGGGGCUGGUCGAGACAGACUCACUGGCCGUGCUGCGGAACUUCGUGCGCGAAGACAUCGGCGCGACGAUCCUGCCAGCCUUUGUCGUCGCGCGCGAGUUGGCGGACGGCCAUGUCGUGACCGUGCCUCUCGAUAUUCCCGAGUUGCAAAAGGGCGAGGUGAGUUCCAUGAUCUUGAAGAAACUUUUUUCCGCGACGGCUGGUUUGGCCAUUGCGGUGGCUUUGGGCCAGGCUGCCUCGGCAGAAACCCUGCGUCUGGCCUCGCAAGGCGACGCAACGAGCCUUGAUCCGCACAGCCACAAUGAGAGUUUCACGAACUACUUUCUCGCGAACGUCUACGAGGGGCUCGUCGGCCGCGACAAGAAUUUCAGCAUUGCCGGCCAGCUUGCCGAAAGCUGGGAACAGGUUGAUGCGACCACAUGGAGGUUCAACCUUCGAUCCGGCGUCACGUUUCACGACGGGUCGGCCUUUGCGGCCGACGAUGUGAUCUUCUCGAUGAACCGGGCCCUUGCGGACACCUCCAACUUCAAGCACGUGCUGGCUUCCGUCGACAGCUUCACCGCCAUCGACGACCGGACCGUCGAGAUCGUGACCAAGGCUCCUAACCCGAUCCUGCUGAACGAUCUCCUGGACCUGAUGAUCGUGGACAAGCAGUGGGCAGAAGCCAACGGGUCGGAAGAGCCGAUCAAUCUCCAGGCCGAGGAGAAGGCCUUCUCCGCAACCAAUGCCAACGGUACGGGUCCGUUCCGCGUGGUCAGCCGGACUCAAGGCGAGAAGACGGAGUUGGCGGCCAACCCGAAUUAUUGGGGUGAGAGGGGAAAUGUGACCGAAGUCGUCUUCACUCCGAUCAACAACGCCUCGACGCUGGUGUCGGCCCUGUUGUCCGGUGAAGUCGAUGUUGUCAUGCCGCUUCCGCUUCAGGACAUUCCGCGCGUCGAAUCGGCCGAUGGCGUCAAGGUGGUCUCCAGUCCCGAGGCACGCACCAUGUAUAUCGGCAUGGACCAGUGGCGUGACCAGAUCAUUGAGAGCCCUGUCGAAGGCAACCCGUUCCUGGACCUUCGUGUGCGUCAGGCAUUCGCACACGCCAUCAAUGCGGAGGCAAUCAUUGAUCGCGUGAUGCAGGGUCAGGCGACACUGGCCACGCAAUAUGUGAUGGACAAUGUGAAUGGCUACAAUCCGGACCUGACCCGGCUGCCCUACGAUCCCGAGAAGGCCAAAUCGCUGUUGGCGGAAGCCGGCUAUCCAGACGGUUUCGAGCUGACGAUGGACUGUUCGACCGACCGCUAUGUGAAUGACGGUCAGAUUUGUCAGGCAACAGUCAGCCUGCUGGCGCAGGUCGGCAUCAAGGUGAACCUGCUGGCGCAGCCGAAGGCACAGUUCUUUCCCAAGGUCGUCUCGCCGGACUUCGGCACCUCGUUCUUCCUGCUGAGCUGGACGCCGUCGACGAUGGACAGCCUCAACGUCUUCCAGAACGUGCUGGGCACGCGCGACCUGGACAAUGGGCGGGGCGCCUGGAACAUCUCCGGUUGUUCGGUUCCGGAAGCUGAUGCGCUGGCAGCGGAGGCCGCCACCAUGAUGGACGCGGAUGCGCGUGAGAAGCUGCUGCAGGACGCGAUGGCGCUGAUGGUGGACAAUGUCUGUCUGGUGCCGCUGCAUGUGCAGCAACUGGUCUGGGGCGUUGCCCAAAACAUCGACGUCGUACAACACCCCACGUUCGAGUUCCCCCUGGAACACUUCAACGCCUGUCUGGUCAUGCUUUGCGUCGCUCUGGUCGGAUUCCUGGUGUUCCAGUUCGUCGGCGAUCCGGUGCUGGCGCUUGUCGGACAGGAAACCUCGAUCGAGGAUCGUGAGGCGCUCCGCGAGAGCCUUGGCCUCAACGAUCCGAUUCUGGUCCAGUACGCCCGCUUUGUCGGCGACGCGUUGCAGGGUGAUUUGGGGAUCUCGUACAGCUUCAACCGAGACGUCUCCGAGAUGAUCGCCGAACGUCUGCCCGCGACGAUCGAGCUUGUAUUGCUGUCCGGUCUUCUCGCGCUGGUGAUCGCGAUUCCCGCGGGCAUCUACACGGGCAUCAACCGCAAGGGCGGCUGGGCGCAGGCCCUGAUGGCCCUGUCCGUCAUCGGUGUCUCGAUUCCCUCCUUCCUGCUCGGCAUCCUGAUGAUCCUCGUCUUUUCGGUGUGGCUCAACUGGCUCCCGUCUUUCGGCCGCGGCGAUGUGGCAGGGGCUUUUGGCUUCCGGUCAAGCCUCUUCACGCUCGAUGGCUUGAGUCACGCCUUGAUGCCCGCCGCCGUGCUGUGCCUGUUCCAGAUGGGCGUCAUCCUGCGGCUGGUCCGCGCGGAGAUGCUGGAGGUUCUGCGCACCGACUAUAUCCGCUUUGCAUGGGCUCGCGGUUUGCCGGCGCGUUCCGUGUAUCUGCAUCACGCACUCAAGAACACGCUGGUCCCGGUGAUAACGGCUAUCGGUCUGCAACUGAGUGCUCUGUUCGCCUUCUCGAUCAUCACCGAGCGCGUCUUCCAGUGGCCCGGAAUGGGAUCGCUGCUGCUGCAUGCGAUCGAACAAAGCGACAUCCCGCUUUUGGCCGCCUACCUCAUCUUCGUCGGGCUGGUCUUCACCGUUUCCAACCUUGUCGUCGAUGCCCUUUAUGCGCUGAUCGAUCCGAUAAAGUCGGACUUCUGGUACGAACUGCUGUCGUCUCCGGUUACCGUCAUCUCGGCCUUGACCAUCAUCGUUCUGGUUCUGGCCUGCGCAUUUGCCCCCUGGAUCGCGCCGCACACGCCGUUUGAUCCGAGCACGAUCUCGAUCCUCGACAACAAUCUGCCACCGGCCUGGGAAGAUGGCUCCGACCCUCGAUUUGUUCUGGGGACCGACAUGCAGGGACGCGACGUGCUCUCGGCGAUGCUCUAUGGCGGCCGGAUUUCGUUGCUGGUGGGGCUGGGGGCGGUCGCCCUGUCCACCCUGAUCGGCCUGGUCGUCGGGCUGCUUGCCGGCUUUUUCGGUGGCAUCACGGACACGGUGCUCAUGCGGGUCGCCGAGGUCCAGUUCGCGUUUCCGCCAAUCCUGAUCGCACUGCUGUUGAACGGUAUCCUGAAGACCGCGCUUCCUGCGGAUGUGUUCGCCACGGCCGCCGUGCCCAUCAUGAUUCUGGCGAUCGGCCUGGCGGGAUGGGUGCAGUUCGCGCGGAUCGUGCGUGCCUCGACGAUGGUUCAGCGCGACCAGGAUUACGUCACGGCUUGUCACGCGAUCGGACUGCCGAACCAUACGGUCAUCUUGCGCCACAUCCUGCCGAACGUGCUGGGGCCCGUUCUCGUGCUGGCCAUGUUGCAGAUCGCUGUGGCUAUCGUAACCGAGGCCGGCAGCCAGUUCCUGUUCUCCGGCAUCUGGUGGGUGGUCAUCUUUCCCGGCCUCAUGCUGCUGGCGAUGGUGAUCGCUGCGAUGACCGCUCCCCUGCUCAGCAUAGAAGCGCUCUGCGUCGGAUUUCCGCACCGCCUCGGCGAUUUCGUCGCCGUGGACGGCUUCACCAUGGACCUGAACAAGGGAGAAAUCGUUGGCCUGAUCGGAGAGAGCGGCGCCGGCAAGUCGACGGUCGGAAACGCCGUGAUCGGCCUUCUCAGCCAUCCGGGCCGGAUCACCGCGGGGCGCAUCGUUCUGCAAGACCAGGACCUCGCCGCACUUUCUGCCAAACAGAUGGAGGUUCUGCGGGGCCGCCGCAUCGGCAUGAUAUUUCAGGAUCCGAUGACAUCGCUCAAUCCGCUGAUGACCGUUGGGGCGCAGUUGGCGGAAUCGAUUUCGAUCCUGCAGAACAAGUCCCUGUCAGAAGCGCGCAUCGAGGCCGCCAAGCGCCUCGGGGAUGUCGGCAUCCCGGACGCCGAUACCCGGAUGCACCAGUAUCCGCACGAGUUUUCGGGCGGGAUGCGCCAGCGAGUCGUGAUCGCGCUGGCGCUUGCAGGCGAUCCGGAUCUGCUGAUUGCCGACGAGCCGACGACAGCGCUCGAUGUAUCUGUGCAAAAGCAGGUGCUCGACCUGAUCCGGAGCAUCUGCAGGCAACGCCAGCUUGGCGUGAUCCUUGUAACGCACGACAUGGGCGUCAUCGCCGAAACCGCAGACCGGGUCUGCGUGAUGCGCCACGGAAAAUUGGUGGAAACGGGCGUGACGGCCGAUGUCCUGGGCAGCCCCAAGGCGGAGUACACCAAGCAGCUGAUAGCGGCGAUUCCCAGUAUCACCGAACGCGAGGAGCGGUUCCGCAACCCCGCCAGGCGCACCGGAGAGAUCGACGCCUGGCUGCUGCAGGCGCAUGACCGCGAGGAAAAUGGCGCCUUCCUCAGGAGUUCGGCGCUGGUGAAGGAGUUUCCCGCCAAGGGGGCUUCAUUCAGGAUCCGGCCUCCGGCAUUCCGGGCCGUUGACGUCCCCCCGCUCGAGAUCGCACGGGGCGAGGUUCUGGGGCUGGUUGGUGAGAGCGGUUCGGGCAAGUCCACGCUCGGACGGCUCUUGACGGGGCUGCUGCCCAUCACCGAAGGGGCGGUGACCUACACCGACCAUGGCGACAUUUCAGCCCUGCGCCAAGCCGCGCAGCGCAAGAGGUUCCGGCGCGAUGUCCAGGUUGUCUUCCAGGACCCCUAUUCUUCUCUGAACAGCCGACUCCGCGUGGAUCAUAUCCUGUCCGAGCCGAUCAGGUUCCACGGGCUCGCAAGCCGGGCGCAGACACCAAGGCUCGUCGGCGCCCUUCUUGAACGGGUGGGAUUGAAGGCGGCAGACGGCCGGAAGUACCCGCAUCAAUUCUCGGGCGGUCAGCGCCAGAGGAUCUGCAUCGCGCGUGCACUCGCCGUGCGUCCACGGUUCCUUCUAUGUGACGAGCCGACAUCGGCGCUCGAUGUCUCGAUCCAGGCGGAAAUGCUGGCUCUGCUCAUGGAGCUCAGACGCAGUCUGGGGCUGACGAUGCUCUUCGUCAGCCACGACCUUGCCGUCGUGCGCCAGGUCUCGGAUCGCGUCGCGGUCAUGCAGCGCGGCAAGAUCGUUGAACUGCGCGAGUCCGAAGAAUUUGGAGGAAGCGCUCUGAUGUCGCAACCAGUCGGUUUGAUCGGUCUCGGUGCCAUGGGCGGCAGCAUGGCGGCACGGCUGCUGGAAACGGGGCACGAAGUCGUCGGGUACGACGCUCUGCCAGAAGCGCGGGAACGGGCGGCGCGCGUCGGAGCGGUCAUUGCCGAUCAUCCAGCGGCGGUGGCCAAGGCAGUCGAUGUGCUGAUCCUGUCGCUGCCCAAGGCGCAGUUCGUCGAUGACGUGAUGUCGGAUGUGGGGCCGCAUCUGUGCAAGGGGGCGGUCGUGCUGGACACGACAACCUCCGAGCCGGAAACCAGCCGAGCUCACGCGAUGAAAGGGGCCGGGCACGGUUAUGCGUUUCUCGACGCGCCGGUCAGCGGCGGGCCUGCGGCCGCCCGGUCCGGCGCCAUGACCAUGAUCGUUGGCGGCGAUGGCGCAGCGCUGGAAAAGGCGAAGCCGGUGCUGAAGGAUUUGACGUCAAAGCUCUUGCACAUUGGUCCGUCGGGUGCGGGCAACGUCGCCAAAAUUGCCAACAACCUGCUGUGCGCCGCCAAUCUGGCUCUGGUCAGCGAAAUGGUGCAUCUGGCCGCGCGCGCCGAGGUUUCGGCCGCAGACCUGCUGGCGGGCGUCAAUGCCGGUUCCGGGCGAAGCGGCGUCAGUGAGGUGAAUUUUCCACGCUGGAUUUUGAACGGCAGCUACGAUUCGGGCUUCACCAUGGGGCUGAUGCGUAAGGAUAUCGGCCUGGCGCGCGAUCUGGCGGACAAAUUCGGCCUCGAUCUGCCUGCGAUGAAAGCCAUCGCCGACAUUUGGGAAGAAAGCCGCGACAGGCUCAGCGACAGCGCCGAUUUCAACGAGAUUUUCAAGUACGAACUCGGGCUUGGCCAACGACCCCAAAGCAUUGUCGGCGGAGAGCUUGUGGAUGGGGCAGGGGCGAUGAUCACCUUGCAAGAUCCGUUCAGCCUGUCGACUCUCGCCGUCUAUGCGGAUUGCGCCGGCGCAAUCGCAAACCGCGCUUGCGAUUGCGCGGAAACCGCGCAACGCACUUGGAUUGGCGAUUUCACGCCGGCUGCACGCGGCAACGUCAUGCAGAGCGUUGCCUCUGCAAUCGAGGCGCGGACCGAGACCCUGGCAAAGCUCGAGGCUCUUGUGGCGGGCAAGCCAAUUCGCGACUGCCGGAUCGAGGUGGCCAAAGUCGUUGAGAUGUUCCGCUAUUAUGCCGGCUGGGCAGACAAGCUGCACGGCGAGGUCAUUCCGGUUCCGUCGGGUCACCUCAACUACACCCUGCGAGAGGCGAUUGGCGUCGUCUUUCAGAUCACCCCCUGGAACGCGCCGAUCUUUACGGCCGGCUGGCAGAUCGCCCCGGCGAUUGCCUGCGGCAAUGGCGUGGUGAUCAAACCGAGCGAGUUGACGCCCGUCACAACCAUCGCUCUGGUCAGGCUUGCCGAAGAGGCGGGGUUGCCGAAGGGCCUGGUCAAUGUCCUUGCCGGUCUCGGUCCGACGGCAGGUGCAGCUGCGAUUGCCCACAAGGCGGUCGGCAAAGUUGUCUUCGUCGGUUCGCCCGCCACGGGUCGGCGGGUGGCCGAAGCAGCGGGCGCAGCGCUGAAGCCUGUCGUUCUUGAGCUUGGCGGAAAGUCCGCCAACAUCGUGUUUGACGAUGCCAAUCUCCAACAUGCGGCGUUGGGCGCGCAGGCAGCCAUCUUUUCCAGCGCCGGACAAAGCUGCGUGGCCGGCUCACGAUUGCUGGUCCACAAGGAUAUCCACAGCCGGCUGAUCGACAUGAUCGCGUCCGGCAUGAACGACAUCACGUUGGGCGAUCCGCUGGAUGAUGCGACCGAGAUCGGUCCGAUCAGCAACGCCCGCCAGUACGAGUUCGUCGGUGCCAUGAUUGCAGACGCAAGACAGGGUGGCGCAACCGUACGCACCCGGUCGACGCGACCGCAGAGCGGCUUUUUCGUCCCGCCCACCGUGCUUGAUGGAUUGAGCCAUCAGGCAAAAGCCGCGCAGACCGAGAUCUUCGGACCCGUCGUGACGGUAAUUCCGUUUGCGAACGAGGCCGAGGCCAUCGAGAUUGCCAAUUCCACGGAGUUCGGCCUGGCAGGCGCCGUCUGGACGUCCGACGUGGGACGGGCGCAUCGCGUAUCGCAAGCGGUGCGCGCGGGUACGUUCUGGAUCAACAGCUACAAGCGGGACCGACGCGCUGAUGGAAUACACCAGUCCGAAGAGCAUCUGGCUCGACAGCGGCGAAAUACCGAAAAUCGCCUUUGGUUAUGUUUCGUGACGCAAGCGAACGCGCGGACAACGGCGAACCCGAUCGACCCCGUGGGCUCUGUUCCGGCGGACGCCGGCUUUUUCACCUCGCGACAUCCGGUCUGUACAGGCUGGCGCAGAAACCUGCACCGAUAUCCGGAGCUGGCCUACCAGGAGCACAGGACGUCCGAAUUCGUCGCCCAACGGCUGACAGACAUGGGGAUCGCGGUGCAGCGCGGAUAUGCAGGCACGGGUCUGGUCGGGGUUUUGAAGACGGGCGACGGUCCCAACAUCGGAUUGCGGGCCGACAUGGACGCCUUGCCGAUUGUCGAGGAGGGUCGGCAGGAUUACAGAUCCGUCAAUGAUGGCGUGAUGCAUGCAUGCGGGCACGAUGGGCAUACAACCAUGCUGCUGGCGGCCGCAGAGUAUCUUGCGCGCACCAGACGAUUCCAGGGCACCGCCACGUUCAUUUUCCAGCCGGCCGAGGAAUGCGAGGCCGGCGCGCGACGGAUGAUCGAGGACGGCCUCUUUGCCGAUCAUCCGGUGGACGAAGUCUUUGCCCUGCACAACUGGCCCGGUCUCGCCGCCGGGGAGGUUUCGGUCCGCGCCGGUCCCCAGAUGGCGGGUUUUGACACGUUUGACAUCACGAUCACAGGGCGCGGCAGUCACGCGGCAAUGCCCCAGGAAGGCACCGAUGCCGUCGUCGCGUCCGGACAGCUGAUCGGUGCGCUUCAAUCGAUUGUCUCACGUUCGCUUGAUCCGCAAUCGGCCGCCGUUCUGAGCAUCACGCAAGUCCACGCGGGAGAUGCAUACAACGUCAUUCCCCAAGCCGUUCGACUGGCCGGCUGUACGCGUUUCUUCGACACCGCGGUGAAGAACCGGUUGAAAACGCGCAUGAGGCAGAUCUGCACCGGAAUCGAAGUGCAGCAUGGUGUCUCGGUCUCGCUCGACUACAAACCGGUCUAUCCGCCCACCAUCAAUCAUCUGCGAAGCCAGCAGAUGGCGGUGGACGUGGCAGGAACGAUUGUCGGCGACACGCUCGUUCACGACGAUCAGAACCCGUCGAUGGCGUCGGAGGACUUCGCCUUCAUGCUGGAGCGAGUGGCGGGCGCCUAUCUCUGGUUGGGCAACGGCCCGGUCGCAAGUUUCGGUGCGCUGCACACGCCGACCUAUGACUUCAAUGACGCCAUCCUGCCCAUCGGCGCGCGGAUUCUGGCGGCCUUGGUCGAAACGGACAGGCGAUGA